AGGUAAUACAAUGGAAAUCCAAUAAUUCGCAUUUGGUUUCUAACGUAAACAGCGGUAAAUAGCUACAAUAAAUGACUUUACGGUACAGGUAAAAAGGGCGACACAUAAAGGUUGUUUAUAAAAUGUCUCAACAAAAUAAAGUAAAUCCUGUGGAUGGACAACCGCCAGCCUAUGGAAUGCAACCAGGCUAUGGAAACCAACCUGGCCCUCCACCAGGUUUAGCGAACGUUCAACAGCAAUGGGCUCCAGCUGUACAAAGUAUGCCAGGAUGUCCUCCAGGUUUAGAAUACCUGACAACAUUAGAUCAAGUUUUAAUCAAACAACAAAUUGAGCUUUUAGAAGCAUUUACAGGCUGGGAACAAAACAACAAAUACAAAAUAAUGAACAAUCAAGGACAACAGGUUUAUUUUGCAGCGGAAGAUACAGACAUGUGUAUGAGACAAUGUUGUGGGCCUCAAAGAAGUUUUGUGAUACACAUCACAGACAACAUGAAUCAGGAAGUUAUUCGUCUGUCAAGGGACUUUAAAUGUUGUGCAGGAUGUUGCUGGUGUGCAAACGCUGAGGCAUGCGCACACGAGGUAAUGAUAGAAGCUCCUGUUGGACAGGUAGUUGGAUACGCAAGACAAGAGUACAGUAGUUGGUCGCCGAAUUUCACGUUGAGAGAUGCUGAACGAAAUCCAAUUUUAAGAAUUCAUGGUCCAUGUUGUGUUCUCAAUAUGCCAUGCUGUGAAGAUACAUUUAAUGUAUGGUCAAAUGAUGACACAAAAGAAGUUGGAACAAUCUGCAAACAAAGAGGUUUACAAGAAUUUUUUGUGGAUGCUAACACAUUUGGAGCAACAUUUCCACAAGACCUUGAUGUGAAGGUGAAAGCAGCAAUGCUUGGAGCAGUAUUUUUAAUUGACUUCAUGUACUUUGAAAAAUCAUCAGGAGGGGGCGCAGGCUAUUGAACUUAUAUACCUAUGUGUUACAGAAGAAGAAUAUAGGAACUCUUCAAAAACAUCUUAGCAUUAUAUAUUUUUACGGUAUCAUUAUCUUCCAUUUCUAGUCUGACUUGUUAUCUUCGUGAUUUUUGUUUUACAACGGACUUAGUUGUAAAAUUGUUACCAGUGAAUGGUUUUAAUUUGCAGUCAUUCCUAGUAUACUUAAUGUACAAUUUUUUUAUUUAAAGCAGAUCAAUUGAUCUUAUUUCUAUUUUGUGCAUAAUUUCAAUAUUUUUAGUGCUGUGAAUUAUGAAGUUGCAAACGGUUUGUAUGUCAAACUUAUUUUUUUUACUCCUAAAUGACAAGGAACCAAUAUCAGUGGUGCCACCCGGUAAUUUUAUUUUGGGGAUAAAUAUUUGAACCAGCAGCUCAUUUACAAGACUUCCAUCUCUGGCAAUAUGUUUAUGAAUUUUAUGAAAUAUCUAAGUCUGAUAAAUAAUGUUAACGAAGAUUUUAGUGUCUCAUUAUAUGAACACAAAGCUAUAUAUUUCUACAAGAAAAUAAAAUAAACAUGUAUGUAUGUUCUCCUUUUUAAGAUUGCUUUAAACGGUACAAUUAUAAAUAUCGUUUAUCAGUUUUUCCGCGAUGGCUUUAUUUCGCGAUUUAUUGACGAAAUGGGAAUGUUAAAUUUUCGCUGUGUAUUAUUUUUGCAAAUUGAUAAAUUACUCGCAAUACACCACUGUAGUAUAUAUAGAUGUGAAGAUAACGUAAAUAACAUAAACUUUAUUGAUGGACAGAGUAUCGAUAACCAAUAAAUACGAGUAUUGGAAACAUUCGAGGAACGUAAAUUAUGUACAAUACUGCAUGCUUAAACUUGAAGGUUUGGAUCAUUUUUAUGAUAGUAUAACAAAACAUAUAUAAAAGCAUAUUAAUACAAAAAUCCAAGCAAAAGUGAUUUAUUUUAUAUAUUUUACAUUAUGGAUAAGCUAAUCUAAUUUUUAUGAAAACAGAAAUCAGAAUAAAUGUACACAUUCUUGUGAUCUGUCUAUCAUUACAAAAGACUGAAUAUAUAUUUUAUUUUAUUUAUCUUUAAAUGGAAAAGAGUUUACAUUAUUGAACUUGAAGACUUGAUAAUUAACUGUAUAAUGUAUCAAAGGUAAAAACAGUGAACAAUCUUAGAAUAUGGGGCAAAAUUGCAUUUUAUUUAGCUGCCUUGAACAAAGCGAAAUUUAAAGUAAAUAUAGUAUCUUAUAUAGAUUUUACUAGUGUAGAAGAUUGGAAUUUGACAUUUUUAACUUGAGAUAAACAAUUAAUAAUUGAAAAGUCCAGGGUUCGGGAACAUUAGGCCAUUCAAUGCACUAUAAGAUUGCUGAUCUAUCAGGAUCGUAAGACAAUGUUAAUUUUUUCUUUUAAGAAGCUAAAAAUUUAACCAAUUUUAGAUGAAGUAUUUACACAAACCAAGGUGGGCACAGGAAUUUUGGAUAUGAAAUAAUAAAAAAAAAACAGCCAAUGAAGAGCUGAGAAAAUUGAUAUCUUGUGAAUCAUAGAAAUGAAAAAAAACGUACGUUGAAAAUUAAAAAUCUGUCAGAAAUUGUUAACAUGUAGAACAUAGUAUAUGUAUGCAAAUUAAAGUCAACUUGUAUUCAGUGUCAAUUGUGCGUUCGUUACUUUGGUUGCACCUUUCUUUAUACAAGAAAAGACCACACUUGGACAGUCGAUUGAAAGUUAAAAUGAUAAUAAACGCAUCUUUUUUCAAUACUUAAGUCAUCAUUUUUAAUUGGUUCGUUGUUUAUUUUACCUCUAUGUCGUGUUUCAUCUUAUUAAUCUGGUUCUGUAUAAACUACUAAACCGUCAGAUUAAGUUCAUUAAUAUCGUUAAGUCAGGAAUUACAAGAAACGUAAGUGCGUAUUUCUCCACAAAUUACUAAAAAUAAGCUGUAACUAAUUUGUUUACUUCCAAGUCAAUAUAUGGAGACAAGUGCCAUGUUCUUGAAAAUGUAGAAGUGCUAGUCGAGUCAGUAUUGUAUACUAUAUGUGCCAUGAGUUAACCUAACGUCUGUAAAUAGUAUUGUUUUCAUCAUUUAUGAUAUGCAUUUUUUCAUGUAAGCAAACAACAAAGAGAUAAGAUAGACAUUUAUAUAUUUUGAAUUCUAUUUUUAACUAAAUAUUUCACUAUUAAAACAUAAAAAAUCUAACAAGCCCUGUAUAAAACCGAAUCACUAUUAUUAUAACAAACGUUGUCUCAUAGCUGGAAUUGCAAGAAUUUCCCAAAAAGAGAUAUUUAGUGUAAUGAAAUGGAAUUGACAUGAAGGAACUAUAACGUAAAAGUACGAGGACUAUCUUGAUUCGUCGUCUGGUCUCUAAUUGUAACAAACCUCUGUAAAUCAAAUAUACAAUAUAUAACGUAGACGUUGUAAUACCAUUUGAUCUAAUAUUGCAUAACAUUGUUGUCAAUGAACAACGGUGUACACUACUUAAGUUUUACAAUAAAGCAGUAUUUGUUGACUUGAAAAAACUUUUUAUUUGGAAAUAUGGGAAUAUCGAACAUACCAACAGCCGUAUGGUAAAAUAAAACAAUAUGAAUAUUAGAAAUGAGAUAUCAAUAUAGAUAAGAAACAUGGCAUGUCCUUAAUAACUACUACCAUGAAAAGUGCGUGACUAAAACAGACUAUGAGGAUUAUUUAAUAUUUAUUACACUAAUUAUAUUUUCCUUUAACAACAAAGACAUACACUAAAAGUCGGAAUAAAAACAAUCUAAUGAAAUAUAUUAUAGAAAUGUAUAUUUACAUGACAUGUACAUUAUUUAAUCCAGUUAUAUCAUUUUUAAAUUGUGAAUAUUAAGAUGUAGCAUUGUAGUAUGUGUACCUUUUGUAGAAGUAUUUUUUUAUUAAUCAGGAAAAAAUUUGAAAAUGAACAUAAAUUACAAUUUUUCUUUGUGUAUUGUUGAAUUGUGCUCUUAACAUCUGUGAUAAAUUUAUAGUAUCUUUACAUGUUUUUCUAAAUAAAUAUUUUCCUUUUUUA